CAAGUAAUCCGCUUCAAAGACGGAGGCAGAUGCCAAAGGGAUCUUCGGAGAAGACCUAGUCCUCUCUACCGGAGGAGAUUGCUGAGGUUGUUCAGAAGAUUACUAAUUGAAUCUACUCAGAAGAGAAUCUGACUAAGAUAACUUCAGACUAUGAAACAAGCGGAAGAAUGCUUAUGGAUUUAAAAUUAUUGCAUUUACUCAGUUGUAAUGGUUCAAAGAGACCUAGAAGAUUAAUUUGUUCAGUUACUAUUUGCACAGCUACUAAAAAUUGCUUCUAAUGCAGCUGAGAAAAAUGCAGUCCAUUAAAAUGGAACAGACACCUGUUGAUACAAGUAGCAAUGUGGACAAAAUUAUGGUACUUAAUUCUACAUUAACAGAUGUAUCUGAUGACUUAGCAAGCGGUGAAGAUAUGCUACUAAAUGAAGGAAGUAUUGUAAAAAACAAAUCUUCAGCAUGCCGGAGAAAACGGGAAUUCAUUCCUGAUGAAAAGAAAGAUGCUAUGUAUUGGGAAAAACGACGGAAAAACAACGAAGCUGCCAAAAGGUCUCGUGAAAAGCGACGACUGAACGACCUUGUGUUAGAGAACAAACUAAUUGCACUUGGAGAAGAAAAUGCCACUUUGAAAGCCGAGUUACUUUCACUGAAGCUAAAGUUUGGUUUAAUUAGUUCUUCAGCAUAUGCCCAGGAAGUUCAGAAGCUCAGCAAUUCCACAGCUGUGUAUUUCCAGGAAUAUCAGAAUUCCAAAUCAAGCAUUAACUCUUUCAUUGAUGAACAUGAGCCAACUAUGGUGAGCAGUAGUUGUAUAUCUGUCAUUAAGCACUCACCACAAAGUGUUUUAUCUGAUGUAUCUGAAGUGUCAUCGGUAGAUCAUGCUCAACCAAGCCCUAUACAAACUAAUUGCAGAAAUCCUGAAACUAAAUUCCAAAUAAUAAAACAGGAGCCUAUGGAACUGGAAAACUAUACAAGAGAUUCACGAGAUGAACGAAGCUCCUAUACAUCAUCCAUGUAUCAAAACUACAUGGGAAGCAACUUUAGUGGGUAUUCACAUUCUCCUCCUCUCUUGCAAGUUAACAGAUCCUCAAGUAACUCUCCCAGAACUUCAGAAGCAGAUGAUGGUGUUGUAGGAAAAUCAUCAGAUGGAGAAGAUGAGCAGCAGGUUCCUAAAGGUCCAAUCCAUUCCCCUGUUGAACUUAAAAAUACCCAUGCCACAGUUAAAGUUCCAGAGGUGAGCUCUUCUGCACUGCCUCACAAGCUUAGAAUUAAGGCCAAGGCCAUGCAAAUCAAAGUGGAAUCAUUAGACAGUGAAUUUGAUGCUUCCCAGAAACUGUCAUCACCAAUUGACAUGUCAUCCAAAAGACAUUUUGAGCUAGAAAAACACAAUGUACAAAAUCUUGUACAUGCUCCCCACACUCCUUUCUCUGUUCAAGUGACUAACAUCCAGGACUGGACUCUGAAGCCAGAACACUGGCACCAUCCAAAGGAACUCACUGAUAAAAUUCAGACUGGCUGCAAAACCGGAGUGGUUGAUAUUAAAGACAAUUCCUACAAAGUGUCUGAGACAGAGAACCUGUAUUUGAAACAGGGCAUAGCAAAUUUGUCUGCAGAGGUUGCUUCACUUAAAAGACUUAUAACUACACAACACAUUUCUGCUUCAGACUCUGGCUAAAUUACUACUGAAUAAAUGCUCAUUGUAUUAAAGGAUGUCAUUUGCAGUAGAUUGAUAUGUUUUGUAAUAUGCUGAAUUUCCACUGGACUUGUGAUGUCAUUUCACUGUAAUGUUCACAUAAUGUCUGAUGGAUAGUGUCUUUUUGUGCACAAAUGACUAUGAGAAUUAGGUUGUCAUUCUUACUAUGCCUUGUGUAUAGUCGGGUAGCCUGUGCAAAGGCUGUAUAUAGUGAACAUUAUUUUUCUGUCGUUCUGUUACUACAAAUUGUGAAAGUUGCCAGUUCCAAUAAAAAAAAUUGGUGACAAACACAAUUAGUUUGUUGUUAGUCUGUUUCUGUUAGCCUGUAAAUAGAAUGACCGCAAUCCAGAGAACCGUUUCCAUUUUCUAAAUUAUAUGGGAGAACAGACUUUCCCCUCAAAGCUGAAUCUCCUAUAUUGGCCUGACAAACUCCUUUUGAAAUUUGAAAUGAAAUUUGAAAUGAAAGUGGUUAUACUUAUAAGUGGAAGCACUUACUGUACAGGGGAAUGUAAAAUCCCUUGAAAAUACCUAAAAGAUUUUGAAUUGUGACUAUUUUGUUUUAGAAUACCUUAUUGAAUUAUUGUAGUCACGAAGUAGUUAAUUUUUAAAAGAACUAAAAUGAAGUAUGACACACAGGUGAGGAAAAAUCUGAAUCAUAUUCAUAAAGACAAUAGAGAUAGCCAAUGACAAUCUUAUCAGAUCUGUAUAUUGAAAACUUACUAUACAAAUGGGAAUGGUGAGGUCUGUCACCAAUCUGCCAGUCUUUGAUUUCUCUAACUGCCAGGGCUUUCUUUGAGGAUUAGAGAAGGUAUGAGACAGUAUCAGACUCUGACUUGCCACCUUCAUGACAGUAGGCAAAUAAUUGUCAAAGGGUCUCAAUUUCUCUUCGGAGAAAUUGAAUUAAGUAUUUAAAGAUAAAUAAGUAUUUAAGAUAAAAGUCACCCAACAUCAUUUAUAUAUUUUAUUUACUUCACUUAUAGGCCGCCUUUCUUGAUCAAGGCAAAUUACAAAAUAUAUAUUUAAAAAUUCAGUCAAACAGCGUAAGUCCUCCGGUAAACUACAGUAGGAUUAGGAUUACAGAACUGGAAAAUGUGCAAACAAUUUUUUAAAAAACUGCAUAAAGGAUGACUUACCGUAAUGCAGAAGUGGGUCACAAAGGUAGAAGACAAUGCAGUAAAAGUAAGGUGAUACAUAAAUAUUGCAAUAGACUACAAUCCUAUUCCCUUAUAAAAGCAACAAUGAAACAAGUAACUGUAACUUGCAUUUAUUUCUUAUACUGAAUGUAAAAGUUAACAGUAUAAAGGGAUUUCCCCCCUACAGUCUUCAAUGACUGUUAGUAGUUUAUCGAAACAGACAUUUUCUUUAUGUUUGUAUGACAUUAACAGCAUAUAUUUAAGUUCUUUUGCAUUUGUACAAAUAUUCUUGUUUCCA